CCAAGAAUAAAAAAUAUGCCUCCCAAAUUUAAGCGCCACCUAAAUGAUGAUGAUGUCACUGGUUCUGUGAAAAGUGAAAGGAGAAAUCUUUUGGAAGAUGAUUCAGAUGAAGAGGACUUUUUUCUAAGGGGACCAUCUGGACCAAGAUUUGGACCUAGAAAUGAUAAAAUCAAGCAUGUCCAGAAUCAGGUGGAUGAGGUUAUUGAUGUCAUGCAAGAAAAUAUCACAAAAGUAAUUGAAAGAGGGGAGAGACUAGACGAACUGCAGGACAAGUCAGAAAGCUUAUCGGAUAAUGCAACUGCUUUUAGCAACAGAUCCAAACAACUACGAAGGCAAAUGUGGUGGCGGGGAUGCAAAAUAAGAGCCAUCAUGGCUUUGGCUGCUGCUAUCCUUUUGCUAGUGAUCAUCAGCUCAGAUCAUCCUCACCUGAAAAGAAUGAAGUUUAUCACCAUCAAAACUAUCAUUAUUAUUUCACAACAAUGAAGAUCAACAGAAAAGUUCAAGUAGCUUUGCAAAUAUUAGUUAAUACUGGUGAAAUCAGGCUAUGAUCUUUAUGUAUACCCUUGUAGUUUAUACUAAAUUAGAGAAGCCAGCUGGCUUACAGCAGUUCUGUGAUUAUAGUGCUGAGUAACUGAUUCCUUCUGAUUGUAACUCUGUAGUAUCUGUAGUCUUUUGUUUCUCUGUUUGAUAAAGCUCACUGGAAAUUACCCUAAGAUUUUUUUUAAAGUGGGAGAUUUAUUGAUUAAAAGAAAGUUCAUGCUGAAAAUGGAACAUUAUUUAAGCUGGAGAGAGGAUAAUUAAUAUACAUAAGAUACAGAAAUACCUUGUGUUAUCUCAUUGAUAGAUUGCCUAUUAUUGUAGCCUUUCUGUGCAUUACUAUAAUCUGCAUUAGAAAAUUAAAAUAUUGACCUUUUAUA